CCCGAAUCCAACCAACCCCUUGCGCUCACUCUCAUCCUCUCCAAUUAUCGUCAUUGGACUCUUGGAGCACAGCCUACGCGAUACGAAGUUCAGACCUCGCUCUCUCAUUGGCUGCGCCACGCACGAUUCUCUCCGUGUUGACAACAUAGACGAGCACGAAAUGUCGGAUUCUAUCAUGCGAGAACAUCUGAGGGGUUUUAUUUCCGUGGACGAGAUGUUGGAGACCAUGGGCAAAGAUGGACAGGAGGAGGCGGCGUUCAUCAUGAAUGCAGUUUCUGGGGCUCAAAGUCAACUGGAUGAAGCGCACAAGAGAUGUGACCUGUUUGACCAAGAGCGCGAAGCAAGUGAGAGAGAAGAGACGGAAAGCGAAGACUCGUUGCCUCUAUCGUAUGAAGGACGAGAGAACCCACUCGUUGAUCGGCUAAUUCCCUACCUUCAACAAGUCGUGUCUCAGCUACCUAGCGCCACAGCACCAACCGUCAUUGACACGUGCAAUAUGGAGAUCCCGUUGAACGACGCUGACCAGGCUCACAAGACCCAGCCCGACAUUGCCUUCACUCGGCCAGGAAUUCCUGCGCCGCAAGAGGGCAACCCGCUACGUUGGUCCCAGAUCGGGACGUUCUUCGAGGUGAAAGACUCGUUGAACUUCAUCGUGGCAGAGAGGGAUAGCAGCGCCGGAGAAAUGAUGUACUAUCCCCGGAGCGACGACGAAGACGAAUCCACAGGCCCCCUGGCGGAGUGGGGCGAGAGGGCGCGUAGCCUGCUCGCGGCUUCGGGUGCAUGCUGCAUCUAUCUCGUCACUUUCAUCGGUCGCAGUGCCCACCUCUUUCGGUUCGACACGGCCGGCUACCAAGCCACGCCGGCGUUCGACUGGUACGACAAGCCGACAGUCCUUCCGCGUUUUCUGUAUCGUCUCUACAAUCCGCGCGGCCAUCCCGGCCGGAUGCCGGGCGACGACUACACGAUCGUGCCGACGGAGCAGGCGGAGAGAGAGCGGCUGCACGCCGCCAUGGUUCGACGUGUGAAAUGCAUGUUGAGGGAGGCGGGAGAGCUCGAGCAGCAGCCCGACGAGCCGGUCAGUACAUCGGGCCAAAACAGCGGCGCCGCGGCUGCCUCUCGGACGACAAACGCCGAGAAAGCGAGCCGACUGCGGAAACUGGCAAAGGCGCAGAAAAGCGAGCUGCGACGCGACGACUGGCUCGCACACAGCUGCGUGAUCCCGACGGUGAUGUUCCAAGACGACGAAGCGACCGGGCGACGGUCGUAUAAGCUCGUCCACUGCCUCACCGCGGGACCGCUGCUCUGGGCGUCGCACAGUCUGUUCGGGCGCGCCACGAAAGUGUUCCGCGUGAUUCUGCGCGAAGAUCUCGACGCUGACAAUCCGACUGUUUACGCGCUCAAGGACUCCUGGCGCCAAGGGUCUCGUCGACCGGAAGUCGACUUUUACGAUGUGAUCCGCGAGGGCUGCCGACAGAAGGGCAUCGACACGACUGGGAUGGCGCAGUGCCACGGCUGCUUCGACAUGUCGUUCCGGAUCCCGUCGAUUCCUGCGGAGGAUGCCACGUGGGAUCCCUCGCUGCACAGGACUGCCUCUGUGGACCUGCUGCCUGAGCAAGAGCGUGACGUGAUUGCGCGGUAUCAUACGCGGACGCUGCUCACUCCCGUUGGGCGCCGGUUGUCGACGUUUUCGUCCGUGCGAGAGCUCGUGGAUGGCCUUUACGACGGUCUCAAACAUCUCCACAUCGCUGAGGGAGCCGGGGUCAGACACCGAGACGUGAGCCACGGGAAUGUGAUGUUCGAUGCGUACAGUGCGGAAGUACGGGGCUUUCUGCUCGACUACGACUACGCCGAAUUCAGUGAGGAGGGCCUCGAAACAUUGAAACAGGUUCAUGCAAGGCUGGGCACGGUGCACUCGCUCUACUACCCAAGCAUCAGCAAGACUCUCAAGGAACUCACGGGUACCCUGUCUUUCCUUGCGCUCGAUCUUGCGUUGGAGCGAGCAGACACUCAUGAACAUUACCAUGAUCUCGAGUCGUUCUACUGGCUGCUGAUCUGGACGGUCCUCCGACACACUCGGCCUGAGAUUCAUUGCGCAGGCAAGGACACCUGUGCGGAUCUGUUUGGUCCUUCGUCCAGUGGCAAGAAAUUCUUGUGGGUUUUAGACUUUGAGACUCUCGGUCCUACUGGGUCUGUGCUCCACGAGCUCUCUGGACGUCUGGUCACUAUGGUCCAGGCACAGAACGCACAGGCCAAUCCCUUUCCGCGUAAAUCUUCUACGGCCACCGUCACAACCCCAGAGAAGCUGUCUUACGAAGAAAUGUCUGAAGUGUUUUCAACGAUGCUUGAACAAAACGAACGCUGGGACGCACUGGAACACAGCGAAAGCGUGCCCGAUGCACCUUCUCGAAAGCGGGGAAGGGAUGGUGUCGACAACGGCCAGAACAGCAAUAUUGUUGCAAAAGGAAACGCCAAAGCACUGAUCGGAUACCCCAUGUCCGCAUUGGUGGCGGCGGACGGACGGUAAAGUAUCAAAAAGGUCACAAUAGCAUCAUCCACUGGCCGAAUCACAGCUCAAGACAUUCUGCCACAGAACCGCUUCACAGAACUAAAUCUGGAGGAUCAAUCCGAUUAGCGAUUUAGUUUGUUCCCAGUGCACAUUGCAAUCGAGUCGGCUGCCUGAGCGACAUAGUUAUCCGAAUGUCUUUUCAGUAUAGUCCGAAUGGGGGCUUGGAGGUCAACCCGUUCCUGGAUGCUCGCCACCACGACCACUCGGGGCAGGUCACCGCGGUCGGAGUCGAUGUCGGGUGCUAACAACUCCACGAAAAUCUAUUUGGGAUUCAGUUUCAUUGGCUUUUCAGCUUUUUCCUACAAAGCAAUCCAAUCCAGGCGUCUCUAUCGGGCAUCAUUUUGGGUGGCCAGCGCACGAUGGUUUCGAAUGCGGAAAUGCUGGCACCCCUCUUCAGAUCUACCCUCUCUUACAGUAACAUAGCGUUCUGAUUCCUUGGCUCAAGGUGUCGGCAACAUCUUCAGAUAUGCCUGCCGUUUUGGAAUAUAUGUCGAACGCGAGUACAAGCGCGAGCACCCUUUCCAGUUUUCUACAAGAAGGCAUUGAGUUUGUCAAUGACUCUGAAACAAACCAGCUUUGCGCGCAGCCGAUAGGUCGAGGGAUGAAGUCCAGCUUCCGUUCUGUGAGCACUAGACUGUUCUGUACAUUCUCCGAUAAUCGGUGGCACCAACAAUUGAGCUUACUGUCUCUCCGUCG